GUAUGUGUUGUUAAACAAAACACUGAUUUCUCUCACAACACAUGCCAUUCAAUGCGUAUUUAAUACUCAUUUAAUGUGAAUUAAAAACACCAUUAAUUAACCGUUGAUUACAUUUAUAUACACUAAUCAAUCGCUACACGUGUUUAGCCACUCAUCCGCCGCCGUUGUGUCCAUUAUUACCGCCGAUUUCAGUGACAAACACACAGAGAAAAUAACAGUUGUAUUGUUGUUACGCUCGCGAAGACAUCACUGGAGCUGAUCUACGAUUGAAAGACAUAUAUAUAUUUGCAUCGAAAACAAUGGCCAUUAGAACGGGACCGGAAGGGGACGACUCGGCGGCAGUGGAGCGCCAGUCGUUGACCGCAACCGCCAACCCGUCAGCCGUCGUCGAUAUACACCGUCUGUUUGAUUACAAUCGUAUUGACCAAAACACCCAAUUAUUACCGUUUCUAUGGCUCGUAAUGUACUUUCCGUUUGGUUUGUGUCUAUUUAUAAUCCGCGUAUUCAUUGGUUUACACGCACUCCUCAUCGCCAGUCUUCUUCCCAAGAAGUCUUCGUUCAGAUGUUUCAUUUUGCGGACGAUGUGUACAAUUUUGGGUAUAAUAAUCAAAGAGGAGAACGCGUCCAUCGAUGUCAAGUCGAAAACACGGGUAAUCGUAAGCAAUCACAUCACAAACAUCGACCACUUGGCUGUGGAUCUGGUGAUGCCGUGUAUUGUGCCGGGAGUGUGGGAUUUGCCCAAAUUCCUCAACUGGGGGCUCGGCUUUCACGACUUCGGUGUGAAACAGGGGAGGGAUGUGCUCAUCGAGAACGUGAAACUCCAUCUGCACUCCGACCGCAAAGACAUUCCCAUUCUGUCGUAUCCCGAGGGCGCCACCACUAAUGGCCGCGUGGGUCUACUCAAGUUCAGCAGUUGGCUCUUCACACUGGACGCCAAAAUACAGCCCAUUUUCAUACGCGUGUGGAGACCCGCGCCGCUCAACGUAUCGGUCUCUGUGGUGGACAGUCGCUGGUGGACAGACCUCUUCUGGUUUCUAUUCGUUCCCUUCUCUGUCUUCACAAUCAAAUAUUUAUCAGUAGUCGAGAAGAGUUUUGGCGAAUCGGCCGAUGAUUUUGCCAAAAGAGUGCAAACAAUGAUGGCGUCGGAGAUGAAGGUGUGCGCCACCAAUCAUACGGACGCCGAUAAGAUAGAGCUCGUGAAGAGACACAUACAAACGCAGGCCCAACAGCACCGGUCGGCGGCCAACACACCCGGUCCGUGGCAGACGCAUAGCCGACAAAACACGGCCCGAAUCCGCGCGGCGAACAGCCCGUCGAGUCCGUCGCGGGCGACCCGAGCGUCGACGGCUGUGGACACGAUGGCGCUUAAGGUGAAGGAAGUCUUACCGCAAGUGCCCAUAAGUGUCAUACAAAGAGACAUUAAAGUGACCACAAAUAUAGACGAGACGAUCACUCGGCUAUUGGACGGAACCGUUCAAUACGUGCCGGAGAAGCCGAUCGCCGCCGAAGCACAAGCCAAAGGCGGUCCGUCAUCGUCGUCGUCGGCGGUCAACGCUUCAAACAAUAGUUACAUAUCGACAGAGAGUAUGAAACCGUUUUAUUGCGGGUCCAAAACGUUUGGCAAGAAUGCGAACGAACGGACAAAGUCUUACAAAGAGCGCAAAGAGGCUCUGCUCCGGACGGCGCGGCACAGGUAUCUCGAAAGGCAUGGUUUGAACGGCACCGCCGGCGGCGACUAA